AUGGUGGCCGGAGACUGCCAUAAACAUACCUUCUCCCUUCAAGUGGACUACAGAUAUGGUAAAAAGAAGAGCAUCUCAAUGUAUCUGGGAGAAUACUAUGACAUUCAUAUGUUUUUUGAUGGAACGGCAACUGCAGGAGAAAAGAGCAUUUCCAUGCCGUAUGCCUCUAAUGGAAUAUACUUGGAAAACGAGGCCGGAUAUCACAAACUGUCUAGUCACGAACAUGGGAUAAUGGUGAAGAUUGAUGUGAGCGGAAAUGUGCAAAUUGUGUUUUCGAAUGAACAUUUUAAUAGAACGUGCGGUCUUUGUGGUAACUUCAAUCAGUUUGCAGAAGAUGAUUUUUUGACUCAAGAAGGCAUUAUAGCAGAAAAGAGCUACGAAUUUGCCAAUUCUUGGGCACUACAUGGGGGUGAUAGGAGAUGCAAAAGGAUUUAUCCAACCAGUAACACCUGCAACAUUUCAUCAGAAGCAGCAGAAAAGGACUUCAUGCAGAGAUGUCAGCUGUUAAAAUCAUCUGCAGUGUUCGGGAAAUGCCAUCAUGUUGUUGACCCAGAUCCCUUCAUCGCCAUCUGUGAGAAGGACAUGUGUGAAUGUGCAGAGGAUGUGCGCUGCCCGUGCCAAGCCUUCUUGGAAUAUGCCCGAUCCUGUGUCCAGCAUGGCGUAAUUAUCCACGGCUGGCCAAAGGAAACCAGUUGUAAGCCAGAGUGCCCACAUGGGAUGGAGUAUAACGAAUGCGUGUCCCCAUGUGUUCAGACCUGCCAGAGUCUCAACAUUAAUGAAGUGUGCCAGGAGAGCUGUAUUGAUGGUUGCAGAUGCCCAGACGGGAAAGUCCUUGAUGGGUCUCAGUGUAUUGAUCUUUCUGAAUGUUCCUGUGUUCAUGCUGGCAAGCGAUAUCCAACCGGGGCCGAAAUCACUCGGGAUUGUAAUACUUGGUGA